AUGCGGUCGUUGGGAAUCUCCCCGCACCAACUCGUGUUAAGGCGUAUGCCAUGAAUGGCUACAGCAUGUCUUCGGUUGUGCCAUCAUCCGCAUUCAAAGUGACAGCGACGUCAGUUACGAGCAGCGUGUCAGCAACAAUUAUCAAAUUCACCCGGAGCGGCAAGACGGGCUUGUCCCCGAUCAAGUAUGCGGGCACAAACAACAUUAUUUGGGCAUACUCAUUUUCAGGCUUCUCCAAGAAUUUUGGCGACCAUGGUCCAAACUGGGGAUCUGCAAGCGUCAACCUGGCAUGCAGCGUCUAAGAUGUUUUGGUCUCGCAAUGGGUGUCAGUAGUGCAACUUACAUGAUUUCUUUAUGUAG